CUGAUAAGAAAACAACAUAUUUAAUAUAAUACAAGUCAAGGCCAAUCACACACAUGCACCGUUUCAUUAAAUAGUAAAUAGCAAGUUAAAAGAGACAAUAUUAUGCAUAAAAAAUCCAGGCAACUUCACAUGUGGGUGAAACCACUGUUGUAGAUAAGAAGUUGGGAAAGUAGUAAAGGGGAAAUUUAAUACAUAUCUGUAAAUAAUAAUAAACCGUUGUUAACAAAAAAAAAGAUUCUGAGAGGAGUUCAGUUAAAAGUGUUGCUUUCUCAACAGUAUAUAUAUGCUUCAAUAACGACGCACUUUACUUCCUAGACGAAUUAAUCAAUUGGUUCUCAAAAUAGAAGGUAACAUUAAAUUCAACCAAAAGCGAAACAAAACUAUUUACCCUAAUAAAAUACAUAAAUCCAACUGUAUAACAAAUUAACAACAAAGAAGACUUUGAAAUAUCUAGGACUACACCUAGAUGAAAAACUAAGCUGGAAGAUACUCAUAAAUGAAAAAAUCAACCAAGGGUACACUUGACUGAAAAUAUUGUAUCCAUUACUAAACCACAGCUCAACCCUGCAGAUAAUAUGCCCUCUAUUUCUAUACACAGCAAUAAUAAGACUAUUAAUAACCUAAAGACAUCAUGGUUUAUGAGAUUAGAACAACUACAUAAUGACAUGUGCCUACCAUAUCUAUCAACAUGGAUAAUGCAACAGUUUAAAAACUGCCACGAAAAACUCAGCAAAGCUGAAGGAGCCUACUCCAGUAGGAAAAUGGCAAAAGAUAAACCACAACAUGACAUACUACUCGAAGCUCAAGAAGACCAUUCAGAUUCAGGUCCAGAUUUAGAAUUCAUAAACUAAUUAUAAUUUGUUGCAUACUUACCCGUAAACUAUAAAUUAAC